ACCGUGCACAGCGUGGCCCAGUGCGAGCGCAUCAUGGAGACGGGUUGGAGAAACCGAGCAGUGGGCUACACCCUGAUGAACAAGGAUUCUUCCCGCUCCCACUCCAUCUUCACCAUCAACAUGGAGAUCUAUGCUGUAGAUGAGAGAGGGCAGGAUCACCUGAGGGCUGCAAAACUCAACCUGGUGGAUCUGGCUGGAAGCGAGAGGCAGUCCAAAACCGGAGCCACAGGGGAGCGUCUCAAAGAAGCCACCAAAAUUAACCUCUCUCUCAGCUCUGGGCAAUGUCAUCUCAGCCCUGGUAGAUGGCAGGUGCAAACACAUCCCCUAUCGAGACUCAAAGCUGACCCGGUUGCUGCAGGACUCCCUUGGAGGAAACACCAAGACCCUCAUGGUGGCCUGCCUGUCUCCUGCUGAUAACAACUACGACGAGAGCCUCAGCACUUUGCGCUACGCCAACCGGGCAAAGAACAUCAAGAACAAGCCCCGUAUCAAUGAGGAUCCCAAAGAUGCUCUGCUGAGGGAGUAUCAGGAGGAGAUCAGGAAGCUGAAGGCCAUUUUGGCUGAACAGAUGAACACAAAUAACUUGUCAGGUCUGUUACCUGCUGAGACUGCUCAGCUGGAAGUGAAGCCAGCUCUCCUACCUGAACCCCAGCCAGAUGUCGAGGCAGAGAAGCAGCUGAUCAGAGAAGUAAGCCAGGGAGCGUGA